CUGUAAUAGGUAUAUAAACAUAGAUAUUUAGGGUACCUACAUACACCCCCGCAGUUACUUCUCGUCAAUUUAUGGAAGAAUAUAGUUAUCAUUUCACACGUGCCUCAAGUUGCAGACUUUUGCACCAAUAAUAUUGAGUUGCUUGAGAGCAUUUAAUCAAUCAAUUCAUGAUAAACUGGGUGGAACAAUGUUUUGGUUUCCGGAAAACACACAAGAAUCUCCGCUGCAAAAAAUUUAGAACUUGGCAAUAUAAAAAGGCAGGAACAGAUCCCAGAUUUGUUUCUCCAAAAUUUUAAAAACAUCACUUAAGAUCAAUAUUACUAAUUCUAAGAUUUGUUGAUAAAAUUUCGCAAUGAAACUUUCUGCUGCUAUUACCCUCGCUUACCUUGCGUUGUUCGCUCAAUCUGUUGUUUUACCUGACGAGAAUGCCGAAGCUCCUAUUGUCGCUGUUGCUGAACGUUCAAUAGAAGAAGAAGCUGGUAUUGUUGAUAUUGCUGAACGUUCAGUACAAGAAGAAGCUGAUAUUCUUGCCGCUGCACAAAAUUCUGUUCUCCAAGCAAUGGAAGGAGAAGUUGGUAGUGGUGAACUCAGCAAACGUCUUUUUGGUCUUUCUUUUGAUUUAGGUUUCUCCAUCAACAUUCUUACCUUCCACAAUUUCAAGCGUAUUCUUCAUGGUGAUCCGUUAUUAUGCUGGGACCACGGGUUAUACAGACAUGCCAAGCAUUAUAUUGACAGAUACGAUUGCUCUGGUGAUUUCCACCACCCAGAUGGGCCAUAUGGUUCUAACUGGGGUAUAGGUAGCAGUAAAGCUUUUUCUGUUUCUGCUGACGCAGGUUUUGUUGUUGAUAAAUGGUAUGGCCUUGGUAAGAGUAUUGGCUUUGGUAAGAGUAUUAGCCUUGGUGCCAAAGUUUCUUUGAACUCGUUCACCAAUCUUAUUUGGAAAUCAACCCGCAGAGUUGGAUGUGCUUAUAAGGAUUGUCGUCAUAGGGGUCGUGGUUACUUUUACUACUGUAACUAUGACCCAUGUGCUAAUAACCCAUCCUACAGAGUUGUACAAAGCAACAUUCCUCCAAGAAGAAACUAUUAG